AUGUCGGAGGGAACUAGAAGUCAAAGCUUGUUGCGCCGAGUCAUCGAAGCCGCUCUCUUCCGUGAAGACAGGACACCCCCACCCAUGGCCGCACACGCUGCCGCCGCCGCUCAGCGCACCAACAGCGGGCUGUAUAGUUUUCCUGGCAAUGGCCCGCCCGACUUGGAGCAGGGAAAGCAAUUUGGGAAUUUGACCAGCAACCCCGAACAUCUAAUUCCACCAAACGACAAGCUUCUUAUCUUUCGCGCCUUGACCGGCAUCGACAGCGUUCCAGCUCUCACGCAAGGCGGACAUCUUCUUCGAACCGCCCCCAAUGUCGGCAUCUACACGCGUGUUGUGACCAACGAGGGCAAAGCUCGCCGGGCCUUCACAAUUUUCAAUUACCUUAUCAACAUUUGUUUGGGCAUUCAAAUCGUUGUGGCUGCGGCAUUAACAGCCCUUGGCGCUGCCAGUGGUCCCCAUACAGCCAUCACUGCCUUCGGCGCCAUCAACACUAUAAUGGCCGGUAUCCUGACCUACUUGCGUGGCUCGGGUCUGCCAGAUCGCCUGAAGAGCUACCAGAACAAGUGGAAAAAUAUUCGAGAAUAUAUUGAGCAACGCGAACGCGAGUUCUGUUUGGUGGGCUGCGAUCUAGACGUGCAAGAAGAAGUCUUUAUUGUGGAGAGCAUGUACCAAAACGUGAAGUCGGAGAUGGAAACCACCAAGAGCAGUGGUGAUGGCAGACAGCAGCAACCCGAUGAUCCUAGAAUCCGUCGCUCGCUUCUACCGACCUCCAAUCACCUCAGCGGUCAUCGGAAUACGGCAACGCCUGCUCAUCGGUCGGAUGCACAGGCAAUGGAAACACAUCCUAGAGAAGGCGAUGUCAGCCCUAUCACAGUUCCCGAGCCAGCACUUGAGAAGCACUGA